GAUGAACUGUUGGUGUAGAUGAACGAAGGAAUUCCAUGUUUUAUUUGUUACAUAGGUACAAGAUCAAGGCAUUGUAACUCUCUCCAUGUCACUGUUAUAUUUCUUCGAAGAGUUCACAGAAUUCUAAAAAUUUGGUAGCGUUUUGAGUUUACCAGUAAUUCAACAAGGAAUGUAACAUAUAGUUACUUGACUUUCUGAGGAAGUUUCAAAUGUUCUGUAGGUAAAAAUCAUCAAGUUAACCAUGAUGCCAAAUGUAGCUAGACACAAUUUCCUAUACUUAGGAUAUGCUAAAAUAUCUGUAUAGUGAGAUUUGUAGCUAUCAUUAAUUACAUACAGCUACAGGUGUACUGCUGUGCAUAAGAAUUUUACAAUUUCAAGAGACGGAUAUCAACUUCAUUUUCAUGCUCAUCAAGGAAAAGUGAAGUUCCAUACAUUCCACACAAACAGAAGACGUAACCCUGGGAAUGACUGUCGGAUAGACAAUGUGGAUUCGGUACUAAUCUACACCGACUUUGUGCCUGUUUUUCUGUGUUUAUGCUGCGUAGUUUGAUUAACAUCACAUAAGUGUGCCAGGGUCUUGUAAAUACAUAGGUAGAGCUGGACCCCAUUGCUAUAGCAAGAGACUAGUACUUCUGGUGUGAUGCACGUGUCCUAAGGUACUCGGCACGGUUGCCUAGGUACUGUCGAAAGCAAUGACUGGCAUGGACAAAAAUGGGAAAUGCUGCCACUGUGAUCUGGAACAGUUGUGGAGAAACUAGUGAACCAGGUGAAGAAGCAGCUGUUGAAGGUGCCACUCCGACAGCAACCAGCUCCGAACAAGUUCAGACAAAUCAGCCAACCGGAUCAAAUUCAAAGGCAGAAGGAAGUUCAGUCGACUCACCGAAGUGUUUUGUUCACAAAGAACCAGUACACCACAACGUUGAUACGAUUUCGGAAAUUUCCAGUGAAGAAUUGACAGAGUUUGGUGAAUUGCUUCAGGUCCCAGAACAAGUUGAGGAAGACACACAAGAAGUUAUACAAACAGUGUCCACUUUAGACUGCCUUGAGACCUUACCCACUGUAUGUGAAAGUCACAGGGAAGCUGUCCCAACAGUAACUGAACCAGAAGUCCAAUAUUCUGUCGCCUCCGAGGAGGAACAUACGGAAACUGUCUCUCAAGAGGAGGCUGUAGAGGAAACACUUACCUCAACUGAAGCAAAAGUUCAAGAGUCGUCAGAACAACCCAGUCUGCCCUCCAAAAUGGAAGCAGUUGAAAAUAAAUCUUCGGGAGUUCAACUUCCUUCUGACCGCGAUGAUCUAUCUCUCAUGGGUGAAGGUCAAGACAUUGAGGAUGCUUUCAACUUUGACCCCUCCAACUUUGACCCCUCUUCCAUAUCCUCUCUUGUAGAACAAUUACAGGCCCCAACUGAAGAUCAAAGGGAGGUAAGUCCCGAUGAGGUGGAUUUCCAGAACACGAACGGCUCACUGCAUGCCAGCCUGGAAUCUGAUGCUCUGGCAGCAGCCCUCGCAGAAAGCUUGAAUGGUGUUGACCUGGAACCUGUUGAGGAAAAACCUAAAGAUGCGGAUUCCAAGACAGACGAUUCAAAGGCUAAAAAAGACAAAACAAAAGAAGAGAAAAAGAGCAAAAAGAAAGAAGACAAAACCAUUGACCACAUCCUGAGAGCGUUGAGCAGCCUCCACACCACCGAGGAGAAACUAGCCGCCCUGUGUAAGAAGUAUGCUGACCUGCAUGAGGAACACAGAGUCCUACAGACCAGCAAUAAACAGAACACCCGAAAACUGUCUGUGGUGAGCCGUGAGAAGGACCAGCUACAGUCAGAACACACCAAGGCUGUGAUGGCUAAGAGUAAGCUAGAGAGUUUGUGUCGCGAGCUUCAGAAACACAACCAGGUCAUACGGCAAGAAAGUUUACAACGAGCGAGGGAAGAAGAUGAAAAAAGGAAAGAAAUCUCCAAUAAGUUCCAGACCACCAUCACAGAGAUUCAGCAACAGAUGACCGACCACCAUGAACGGAACCAAAAGCUACGUGAGGAGAACCAAGAACUGGCUGGCAAACUUAAAAAGUUCAUUGAACAAUAUGAGUUACGAGAAAAGCAAGUGGAAAAGGUGAUGCAGCACCGGGAGCUGGAACAGAAAUUAGCAGACGCCAAGCUUGCCCAGUCAAAUGCUAUUCUCAAAGAGGAACAAGAGAGGAACAAGAAAGAGAAAGAAAUGUUGGUGAUACAGGCCACAGAGGGACAGAAGAAAGCCACUUUAUUGGAAGCACAACUUGCCAUGUACAAGGAGCGUUAUGAAGAGUUCCAAACCACCAUCAACAAAAGUAACGAAAUGUUCCAGAAGUUCAAAACUGAAAUGGACAAAAUGACAAAGAGAAUAAAAAAACUGGAGAAAGAUGGUGCACAGUGGAAACAGAAGUGGGAAAACUCAAACAAGGCAUUAAUAGAAAUGGCAGAGGAGAAAACACUAUAUGACAGAGAAAAACCUCUCCUUAUGGGCAAGAUAAAGAAACUUGAAUCACUGUGUCGUGCCAUGCAAGCUGAACGUUUGGGAAGGAAAGUUUUAGAAGCCUCUUCACUUGAUCCUUCCAAAUUUGAAGAAACUUUGGCAGCGAGUCAGGGGGUCGAGAAACAGAUUCAAACACAACUCCAUUCCGCCGCCCUAAAACAGGCAACAGAGUCCCCACCCAAGGACAGCAGGGAAGGGGAGAAGGACAGUCCAGACUCACCGACAAACCACUCACCGGACUGUGACCAGGAAGAAUCCUCGUCAGCCAGUCAAUCGGGCGAUACAGAAUCAUCAUCUGAGGAACAGACUGAUCUUAGCCAAUCAAAACAACCAGUCGAGUCAGAAUCAACCAAUGAGGAGCAAGAAAAACAGGAGAGUUCGGAAGACCAGCAGCCAACGGCAACAUAGCCCAGAUUUACGACAACAAAAAAACUUAUUUAUAUUUAAAGCUUUUCUUCCAUUGUCACAACAGCUGUUAGCAAUGUAAAAAUGACUUUGCAAUUUUCAAUUAAGAGCCUUUUCGUUUCAAUUUUUAUGAAGAAAAAAUAUAAUACACUAAAAAAUGUGAUCAAAAAUAAAAUGUUUCUCAGAAACAAAAUGUUACACAGUUCUGAUGUCAGCAUUUGUGGGAUUUGUUUGUUUAGAUCAUUUUAUGCUUGAACAAAUAAAAUGGUUUUUGUCCAAAUA